AUUUAGACCCCUGAGUAUCGCGCAGGACGAGUACGAGUAUUAUUUUGACGACAACACUACCAAUCCACUGUGUGCCGUCAUUAAUUUUCAAUCCUGUUCUCGACAGCGCCCUCACACUCACAAACACCUAGAAUAAAGACUAUUGUCCAACAAAAAUGGCGAUCGUUCUCUCUACRUUAGACCCGGAAAAGCGCGAAGAAAUCGAUGCCCAGAAAGCGGAAGCAUUGAUAGCAAGCUGGAAAGAGCAAUUGCUGGCGGAACAAUCCAAGGCUACCGAGAGCGGCGUCCUGUGUAACAAGGUCGACCUAAGUGGAAAGACAUACAAACCCGAGGCUGCAACCAUCAUUGCCAACUUCCUUACAUCAACAGAUGACUUCAAUCCCUCUGUUGCAUCGGGUGUCAMGUGUGCCAAAAUUGACGACAUCAUUGCCAGCCAGAAUACCGAAGAUGGAUUGAGCGUUUUGCAGACCAUUUCCGACGCGUUUCGGGAAAGCCGACUCACAGAAGUGGACCUCAGCGACAACGCUAUGGGAACGCAAGGAGUUGACGCUUGCAGAACUGUUCUUUGCGGACCAACGGCGAYYAAUACACUCGAAAGYCUAUCCCUCUGUAACAACGGCCUGAGCAAGGAUACCAUGGAAGUUACAGCCGUGCUCCUUACACAAGAAGAAGACGGUGCGUGCGUUGCCAACAAUCUGAAAAAGAUUCAUUUCUUCAACAACAUGAGCGACAACGAAGGCUGCGAGUCCUUCCGAAAAGUCAUUGCACAGACGUCAAAGCUCGAGGAUAUCCGUAUGUCCGGUACCCGAGCCAAAGCACCCGGCAGCCUCCACAUCGCAGCCGGACUCAAGGACCUUGCAACCGCUGGAAGCUUGGGAAACUUGGUCCGGUUAGAUUUGGCAGACAACUCGUUUGGAGACUGCUAUCAGGAUCUUGCUAAUUCCCUGCGGGUGUGCAAGAAACUAGAGUAUCUCGAUUUGAGCGAAUGUACAAUGGGUGAAGAGGGAGUUGCCGCARUGUGCGAGGCGCUUAUCGAGGCUGGGUCGCCCUUGAAGUACCUCUCGCUUGGUGGAAAUGAUCUCGGAGAAGACUCAAACGGCAAAGCAAUCGGUAGGACCAUUGGAAAAUUGAUUAAUUCUGUUCAGAGUUCUAUUGAAUUUUUCAGUGCGUCUGAAAAUGAGAUGAAGAGCCCGGGCAUUCGAUCCAUUGCAAGAGCACUCAAAUCGAGCACAAUCAAAGAGAUUUAUCUCAACCAGAACGACAUUGGUUCCAUGGGUGCAAACGAACUUAUUGCAAUGGCAAGUAAAACACCUAACUUGGAAAAGAUCGAGUUGGAUCUUAAUGGAUUCUUGCCCGAUGUUGUUGAAGGUCUGACUGAAGCAUUUGGGGACAAGCUAGCUGAGAUGGAAGACAACAACGACGAGGACGAUUACGACGAGGAACUUGACGAGGAGGAUUUAGAAGAAGAUAUCGGUGUCGAUGGUGAAGACGACGAGGUCGAGGAGGAUCCUGACGCGCAGGUCGACGCUCUGGCYGACGAGCUCCAAAAACUGGGUCCGGUUUAAUUGCGUCGGAUGCUUCACAAUUUAACUCGAUUGGAUUCGAUGCGACGACACAUCGAACUAGAAUCGUUUUUGGUAAACAAAAGGCAAAAAACUUUUUUCUCUUUAAAGUUAAGUGYUGACCGGUCGCAUUCUCGCUACGUGUACUGCGCUUUAACAAAAUCGUGAUUAGAAUUAAAGAUAUUUYCAUAUA